ACGAGUAAAGCAGAGAGAAAAUUCUCCUAAACACAGGAACAAAUGGGUGCAUUUGGCUACUUGGUGAUUCUAUGUCUGGGUGUUUUGGGGCUUGUAGGCUCUGUUCAUGGUGAUCUGGAGAUGAAUUUCUAUGCCAAAAGCUGUCCAAAAGCAGAGAAGAUUGUGUUGGACUUUGUCAAUAAGCACAUUCCAAAUGCUCCAUCACUAGCAGCAGCUCUGAUAAGAAUGCACUUCCAUGAUUGCUUUGUGAGGGGUUGUGAUGGAUCUGUUCUUCUGAACUUUACUUCAAGUACUGGGAACCAAACUGAAAAGCUUGCUCCUCCAAAUUUGACAGUCAGAGGGUUUGAUUUCAUUGACAGAGUGAAGAGCAUACUUGAAGCUGAAUGCCCUGGCAUAGUCUCUUGUGCAGAUAUCAUUGCUUUGGUUGCAAGAGACUCCAUUGUUGUCACAGGAGGUCCUUUCUGGAGAGUACCAACCGGUCGGAGAGACGGGCGGAUUUCAAAUUUCUCAGAAGCCUUAGCAAACAUCCCUGCUCCAACUAAUAACUUCUCCACCCUCCAAACAAGAUUUGCAAACAAGGGACUUGAUCUAAAAGAUUUAGUUUUAUUAUCUGGGGCUCAUACCAUCGGAGUGUCGCUCUGUUCAUCGUUCUCAAACCGUCUAUACAAUUUUACUGGUGUGGGGGAUCAAGAUCCUGCUCUAGACAGUGAAUAUGCAGAAAAUCUCAAAGCGAAAAAAUGCAAAUCGCCUAACGACAAUACCACGAUAGUAGAGAUGGAUCCGGGAAGUUUCAGGACAUUUGAUCUUAGCUACUAUACACUUCUGCUGAAAAGAAGAGGCCUAUUUCAAUCUGAUGCAGCCUUGACAACAAGCUCAACCACAAAGACAUACAUCACCCAACUUCUUCAAGGCUCACUCAAAGAUUUCUUUGCUGAAUUUGCCACUUCCAUGGAGAAAAUGGGUCGGGUUGAUGUCAAAACAGGAUCUUCGGGCGAGAUUCGGAAACAAUGUGCAGUUGUGAACAGUUGAAAUCUUGGCAUUGGAAGUUUCAAUUAUUUGUGUUGUAUUUAUGUAUUUGUUUUGGUCUCCUUGCCAAGAGCUCUCCCAUAGAGGAAGCAACACAUCUGCUGUGGUGGGCAUCUUUUUUUCUUUCACAACAAGACAUGUACGGUUAUACCUACCCUUAAUGGCUUACAAGUUCAUGUCCUCGUCCCUGGAUAGAGUUUCCUUUAAGUGCAUGAUUGUGGUGCAUUAUUAUUUUCUUUUUGUACUCCCGACCAUGUUCGUGCAAUAGAAAACAGCAUUCACAUUGAAUAAAGUACUGGGUAUCUUGUUCCCG